AAAUUGAAAUAUUUAUAAAAGCCCAAAAGGCAAUUCAGGGACAAGCCCAAUUACAACAAAACCAAACACAAAAGCCCACGCACACAUAUGGGUUACGACAAAGAACUAGGCCCACGGCCCAAUAAACCAAUUCGGGUCACCGACAGUCGAAACUCGUUUUCGACCCGAGUCCCGAAACCGAUCUAACUCGCCACCGAUGAGCGAGCCUCCGCCGGGGAAGACUAGCACCGUUGCAGAGGCAGCGCCUCACCGGUCAUCCGCGCGCGUACACCUACGCCGCUUUCACACUUCACAAUCAUAGCUUCUUCUUCCCGAGGAUAGCAUCAAUCGAUCCAAAUAGAUCGAGGUCUAAUCCCUCUUUUUUGAAACCCCAAAGCUACUCCAAACAAACCCAUCUACGCAACCAUCGGAGAGCAUCAUCAAACCGCCGCGAAAUCUCAUCCGACAAUCCUAAGAACCACCGCCUCCCUUUUCCGGAGACCCCGAAACGAACAAACCCGACACCCACAGAUCCACAAGAACCAAAAGACGUCUUCAAAAGCUAAGACCACAGAAGCCGGCGAGGCAAAGCAAACGAAGCCUCCAUCCUCCCGGAUGCCAGAACCGGCGUCGGCGGAGCUCUCUAAGCCUCCUCCUCCCGGAAAAAAUUCUACCAAAACAAAAGAUACAUAUCUCUCUCUUCUAGACCAAGCCACAGUUAAUAAAUCGAUUAGAACGGAAUGGUCGGACCGGCGGUGGCUAUAGGAGCCCUUCCGCCGGCCGGAACCAGCUUUCUCUCUCUAUUUCUCUCUCAAGCUUUCUCUCUCUUGAUUUUCACUUUUCUCUUUGUAGGGAUAGAUUGAUAGUUCACAAAUAAGCUUAUUUUUUUUUCAAAUUUUCUAAAUAUAAUUUUUUUUUUAAAAAAGGUGAUAAGUAUGAGUAACGAGAGAGCGACAUCUCCGGCGAUUCCGCCGCAACACUCCGAGCACCAGCCACCAAAUCAAAUCAACUCUGCUCCCUCCCCUCCCCAAGCUACGAUGAACGUCGUCGUCGCGAACAGCAACGGCGUAGCAUUUGACGAAGAACCGUCAUGUUUCAACAGAGAGUAUGGUGAUAAGUACAAAAGGUACGAAUCUGAGUUCAAGCAGUGGGUCCUCUCCAAGCAUAUCUAUCCCAAUGCAGUGAAUUUGUAUGAGGGGAGAACGAUAAUAGGUGGUGAAACCAUUCUCUCUAGCAAGUGGCCUUGCACUCGUUUCUAUGCCGACCCGUGUAUUUCAUUUGCAGAAGAAGAAGAAGAGAGUUUAGAUUCACCUCCUGCAGAGAUAGGUGGUUUAGUUCCCAAUGGAAGCAUUGUCUCUGAGUAACAAUGUUUGAUUUGCUUCAUUUGACCAAGAAUGUGAUACACAUUAGCAGAUUUUACUAAUAGCUAUUGCCUUGUUGUUAUCUAUUAUAUGCAAAGCAAUUUCUAGUGUGGAAGUAAUAGUCACAUUAUA